GUAAACAAAAAGUGGACGUGUAAAAUAAAAUUGCAAUGAAAAUAUAUUAUGUAGGAUAGCAGGAAACUUUCUACAUACAUUUCUACAUUUGAUACAUACAAAUUAAGCAUGGAUUACUCAAAGUUUUUGGAUGAUAGUUUUGAUGCUAAAGAAUGGGUGAAUGCUGCAUUUAGAAACCACAAAGAUACUGCUGUAUCAAAAGAUCAAUAUGCCACUACACUGGUUAUGAAAUUACAGAUGUUUAUUCAGGAAGUAAAUAAUAUACUAGAAGAAGCCAGUCAACAAGCUUUACAAAAUCUACCAAGAGUUAUGAGAGAAAUAGAUGCUGUAAGACAAGAAGCUUCUCUAUUACAAGAUCAAAUGAGAAUGGUUAAAGAAGAUAUUCAGAAGGUUGAACAGAGUACUGCUCAAUCAAUGCAAGUGCUAUUAAAGUUAGAUGGCAUUAAAGGUAGAAUGAAAACAACAGCUGAAGCAUUGAAGGAAGCUGAUAAUUGGACAACAUUAAGUGCUGAUGUAGAAGAAGUUUUUCACUCUAAUGAUAUACAGGCUAUAACAGACAAAUUAACAGGAAUGCAGCAGAGCUUGCAAAUGUUAGUAGAUACACCAGACUAUGCUGAUAGAUGUCAGCAUCUUGAGAAAUUGAAGAAUAGAUUAGAAGCUAUAUUGAGUCCACAACUUAUAGCAGCCUUUAACACACAAUCUCUAGAAUCAGCCAAGAUGUAUACUAAGAUGUUUGACAAUAUUGAAAGAUUACCACAGUUGUAUAAAUAUUAUCACAAAUGUCAUAAGGGUAAAUUAUUAGAGAAUUGGAGAGAUAUAGUUGAUAGUAAACAAGAUGAAACUACUAUUGAAUGGUUAACUGAGUUAUAUGAUUUAUUAUUGUCUACAUGGCAUUCACAGAUUAAUUGGUGUAGUCAGGUAUUUAAAGAUCCAGUACCUAUUGUAUGUGAUUUGAUAUCAGAAUCAUUAACUAGUUUAGAUCCCCCUAUAUUAACAUGUAUAUCUGGUUUGAUAUCAACUCGUGGUGAUACAUUAUCAACAUUAACAGAGCUAAAAAAGAUAACAGAAAGAUUUGCUACUAAUUUAGAGACUACAGUAGAAUCUCAUAUGACAGAACAUUCUGCUAGUUUAGAAAAGUUAUUAUUAAGUAUUUAUGCCCCAUAUAGAUCAUAUUUACCCAAAUAUUCAACAUUCCAAGAGGUGGUAUUAAUUCAAGACUUGGAUAAUAUUAAAAUGGAUCAUGAAGAAGUAAUGGAUACAGUACAACUGUUGUCAGAAACUGUUAAUAAAUUAUUUUCUGCUGCCAAUAAGGCUAAUACAAGAUGUCAGAAGUUAACAAAUGGUUUUUGUUAUGUUGGUUUAUUAGAUGCUUAUAAAACCUAUUUUCUAUGUUAUUGUCGUGAAUUUCGACGUGUUUUAAUCAAUAUUCGAGAGAAAUGUGGUAUUAAUCAAGGUAGUGAGGGAGAAGAUUGGUCUAAUUUUCAACAUUCAUUACGUUUAAUACAAACUUGUGGUGAUUUAAUAUUACAUGCUGAAGAAUUAGAUCAAGAAGUUGUUAGUUCUAUUUUACAUUCUGUUGGUAGACAUAUUGGUUCUCCUAAUCGUCAUUGUUUACAGUUUCAAGCUAGUUUAUUUAUUGAUAAUAAAGAUGAUAUAGAAACAUUAGAAAUCAUGAUCAGUAAAUUAGAAGAGGGUGAUACACCAUCAAAACUUACCGAUAUUAAAUCUGAAAUGUGUAAGCUAUGUGAAGAAGUACAUAAGUUUGGUUUUGAAAUAGUGUUUGCUCAGUUGAAGAAAUAUUUGUCCAAUAUAUCUAACAUGGAGAUCUGGACUUCUAAAAGAGCUGAGGGAGCAUUAACAUCAGAUUUACCUAGUUUUAGUUUGUCUCCACAAGAAUAUAUAACAAAGAUUGGUCAAUAUUUGAUGACCAUACCACAACAUUUAGAACCAUUUAUGUUACAUGAUAACCCUACAUUAACUACUGCAUUAAAAUAUGGUAAAUUACCUUAUAUAGAUGAUCAAGAUUUGCCAGAACAUUUAGCUGAUCUAUGGUUGGAAUCUGUUGCUAAGGGAACAAUGCAUAUUUAUUGUGAAGAAAUACUGAAGAUUAUAAAUCUAUCACCACAUGCAACAAAACAGUUGAUAACAGAUAUAGAGUAUUUAUUGAAUGUAUUAGAUGAUUUAGGAUUACAACCAACAGAUAAUAUCAGUAAUAUAAAUAUAUUAUUACAAGCUACAACAGAGGAUUUUACUGAUAAAGCUGAAACUAUGCCACAAAGACUGACCCAUGCUAUAAGUGCGAUGCGGCAUAUUGAACUUUAGAUUUACUUUUGUGAUUGUUGUAUUUUGUUGCAAUUUGUUGAAAUAUUGUGCACUAAAGGUUGUUAGACGAGCAAUGAGUUAUGGCAUCAUUGUUGUGGCUUAAUAUUUUUCAUCAUAAUUGUCUGUAUUCAGGAGCACAAUCCGGUGCAUAGCACCAGCACAGGACACUCAUUUUCAUCUCACUAAUGAUUAUUUUUAUUGAGGGAUUUGUUAUAGUUGUUGAAAUAAUGUAAAAUUGUUUAUGAAAAAUGUGGGAUAUAUAAAUGAAAUUUAACAAUUUAAUAAUGUAUAGUACUUUAUACUCUAUUGGAUUUAAAUGUUAUAUUAAAAAGUAAAAACAAC